AGUACUUGAAAACAGUUUCAGUUUGAAAGAAACGCGUAGUUAGUCGGUGCGUUGCGUGUUCGUACGUGUGAAAGUUCAGUUAUUUGUGAAAAAUGGAACCUCUAUUCCAAUUAAACAUUGAGAAUAUCGAUAUUUUGCUCGUGAACACGAAAGAGAGGUUAAUGCUGCACGAUGAAUAUUCUCAGAUCACAUGUAUCGAACGAAUAUCCAACUUAUUCAAAAGUAGUGGCGCUGCGAACACAGAAGCGGCACUUUCAAAGUUGAUCAAGUUCGACAUACUCUCAACUAUAUUCGAACUUCUACAAACUUCCAGUGAUCGUCUACUUACAUGUAUUCUCAAUUUUCUGGACUUGGUAAUCGUAUAUCGAAAGUUUUACGAAAGUCACGUAGCCACAGACGCCAUGGACUCCAUCUUGAAAGUGACAGUUUGCGUCGCAAAGUCUCGUUGCAAAGAAACCGAACUAUUAGAGAAACUUAUUUCAAUCAUUUACGAUAUACUUCACAGAGCGGUAGAAUUUCACGUGAAUUUCGACGUUGUUUGCGUACCACGGCAAGUAUUGAUGCUCUUGAAAUCUUUGAUCUUGGAAGAUUCUUGGAAUCAAAAGAUAAAGUUCUCAUCCGUUACGUUAUUGAAUCUUGUUCUUGAAAAUGUUAACGCUGAAGACGAAUGGGAUGAUGGGGUAUAUGAACUGUGCCACAAAGCUCUCAAUUUCAUGAAAGAGAUCGUCGAGUAUAGCGACGACGACGUCUCGAUUUCGUUCGCUGCGGAUGCAUUGUGCGCUGUUUGCGCCUCUGUCACACGAUUAUGCGUCGCGGAAGACGAUAGUCAAGAAUCGUUCAAUAAAGUUUCGAAACUUAAAGCAACGACGCUGAAGACGAUUCGCAUCGUAAUGAUGAACACGUUGGUACCUUACGUUAAGACCGCGGAGUCAAAUGAAACGGACAGGGUCAAAUUCCAUAGGAAUCUCGUGACUUGUCUGAACAACCUUUACAAGCUGAGCAAUAGCUGCGGCCGCGACAACUUGUCAAACCACUUGACCGCCAACGGAUAUCUCAAGUAUUUCUUGCUAUUAACUACCAGACUUCCAGAAAUUUUACGACGUAGCAUUUGCCUGCUGUUAUCGCGGAUCAUAGCAAACUUAGCUGAUAAAUCCAUGCCAGUCUACCGACCUAUCAAUCGAGAAAUAAGCUUCGAAUAUCUAAUACACCGAGGACUGGUGGAUCUACCAAAAGAUACUAAACAAUGGGAGAAUAUCAUAGCUCAUGAUCGAGAAAACAGAGCAAUUGCAUUAAUGACGUUGGUUUACUAUCACUUCCACGGAACCAGGGAGACCUAUAUGAUAUGCUUGAAAUUGCUGAUCGCGAGGACUGUCAAUCUCCCUAAAUCCGAGCAGACACCGGCGCAAAUUUUAAAAGUUUUAUGGUUUCUGUUUGCUGUCGCGUCCGUAUCGCAUCCAUCACCGUGCUCGGAACAGGAUUACGACAGAGCCGUGAAACGAUUGGCAGCUGCGUUGCAAUAUUCCAACCUGAACGACUGUUACACUCAUCACAUAGAUCUGCUAAAUUAUUGCUUGAAUUGCCCUGAAUUCCCAAAGGAUCUUCGGAACAGAGCGAUGGACUUGUGGUUGAUCGAGUCUGAUGGAGACAUCAAACCGUUGCUGACCAUAGAUUGCGGGAAAGUUGUGCAACACUAUCUAAUGCUUGUCAUACAAACUGGAUAUUCGGAUAAGAUAAUCAACUUAGCGAUGAAAGGAAUUAGAGAGAUGAUACGCCUGGAUAAUGCCAAGGAAAUUGCAGAGAUUGCUUGGCACAUGUUGCCUAAUCUUCUUUCUACUUAUCAACCAUCCAAAGACGAGCAAGUGAAAGCCGUGUUAGAAUUAAGCAACGUAUCCAUCCCGAGCUCAUUAUCAUGGAUCAUCAGGAUUCGAUGCGCAGAGAGUCUCAUGGCGAUUAUUCUACGCCGGGAAGCGGACUUGAAGCUGAGGACAUUAGCAAUAUUGCAUUCGUACGCGUUGCUGGUCACGUCCGCGACGAUUAAGUCAUUCACGAUUCUCGAGAAGUAUUGCACAACGCCGAGCUUUUUGGAGGAGUUGCUCGUUCAAGGUUUCUCUUUAGAAACGCCAGAAUUGUCCGCUGUCUGCUUGAAGCUUCUCGCGUUUAUCGUACACUGUCAGGAGAAAUCGUCGAUACAGCGUGAUAAGCCGGUGACGAUUGACGUGCAGAGCUUAGCCGAUUUGCUGUUAAAUACGAGGAGGGCCGUGCACUCGUCGAUCAAUGGAAUGCAACUCGCGCUGGAACUUUUAACUCAAAAUAUUGACGGAUCGCCUGUCAGGCUGGACGAGAUCCCAGCCGAUCGGACCGAGGGUGUGAUCAAUCUUUACGAGACCCUUCAUAUCGUUCACGAAAGAAGUGACCCAACGCAAAGAGACAUUGUGUACCAGUGCCUCCAAGGCGUCCUGAAAUUUUGCCAUAAGCACACGAAACUGCUGAUGUACCAUAUCUGCACGCUGAUGAGCAACUAUGAUAUCGUAUCUAGCAUCCUGCAGACACGUCACGUAACCUACCAUUUUCUGGAUUUCGUUUCAACCUGGCUUCGCUAUCGCAGAAGGUAUUGCACCGACGAAGGACCAUGGAACGCGAGAUCUCUUUGCAAGACACCGUUUGAAGAGACUUUGGAUCGGAUCAAGAGCUACGUUAACACUGCAAACGAUUCAAGAAACGACGCGGCGUUCCAUAAUCUUGUCUACGCGAUUUCUGCCAGCCUCGUCCUAUCCGGCUUUCCUUCCUGCAGUCAGCACAUGGUGCAGACAGGCAUGGCUGCGCCCUACGGUGGGGGUGUCUUCCCCCCGCCGGUAAAUGGCGUAGCGGGUGUCGUUGGAGCGGCUGGUGCGGCCGGUGAGGUGAAACCGCCACCCCCGGUGCCAGUGAAAGAAGACAACAGUGGCGCACCCCAACAGCCACCACCCAGCGGUCCUCAAGUUCCACCACCGGCUGGUGCCCCACAUCCUACCGCCCCCGGUGCCCCAACCGCGGCCAGCUUCAGUCCGCCUCCGCCACCAAACGGCGUCGAUCAACAGGCUAUUUCGGAGGUGUUUCAGGCAGCAGUGGCGGCCGCGGCAGCUGCAGCUGCAGGAGGAGGUGGCCAGCAACCAGCACCUACACCCGCUGGCAACGAAACCAAUCCUGAGGGCGCCGUCGAAGGCAGCGCUUUAGUACCUGUCACUUCAGGUGCAACUACACCUGCGACAGCGACACAGGGUUCCGAUCUAAAAGGUCAACCAAAACGCCUUCAUGUCAGCAAUAUACCUUUCCGUUUUCGAGACCCUGAUCUCAGGGCAAUGUUUGGGCAAUUCGGGCCAAUCCUCGACGUGGAAAUCAUAUUUAACGAAAGGGGAAGCAAGGGAUUCGGUUUUGUAACAUUCGCAAAUAGUGCUGACGCGGACCGGGCACGUGAGAGGCUACACGGCACCGUGGUUGAGGGCAGAAAGAUUGAGGUGAACAACGCGACAGCCAGGGUGCAGACAAAAAAACCACCGACGGUACCCAACGUAUGCGUACAGUGGCCAGAGGCAGCGGCACUGAGAGGAGUUGCCAUCCAACGAGGAAGAGUGGGCGCUGCGAGAGCAGCCUUCCCGACCAGUGCAGCGGCGUUGGCUCUUGCCAGAAACCCAGGGCCGCUCGCAGCCGCGGCUGCGGCCACGGCCCUGCAUCCCUUCGCACCUGCCGUUUAUUACGACCCGUUCCUAGCUGCACACGCGGCGACACAGGAUCCCAACUACAGGCUACAGCUGGAAUGGCCUCAAGCAACAGCUGACGCCGCGGCAGCAGCAGCUGCAGCGUCACCGUUGCUGAAGACGCCCCUCUCGACAGCUCAGCAGGCCACCUACGCAGCUGCAGCGACCUACACGGCAGUGGCUGCGCGCGCAUACAGCGCAGCUGCAGCUGCGGCACAACCGGUCGCAGGAUAUGCCGCAGUCGCGGGUUACGGGCGUGAAUACGCCGAUCCCUACCUUGGACAUGGUAUUGGACCAGUAGCUGGCUAUGGGGCAACCGUGUACAGAGGCGGCUACAACAGGUUCACGCCAUACUAAGGAUCGUCAGAUAUCAGAGCGCGAGCCUUCCAAGUACACCGUUAUACUCAGCUGAACAUGACUAAAAUAAAAAGAAAUCGACACAAUCAUCAUCGUCAUCCGCCAUCGAUCACGAUUAGCCCACGAAGCGAUGCCUGGACCCUCCGCGCAUGCUGACGCUAGCCUUCUUCCUAGCACCGAUACGAAAUCAUUGGCUUCGGCUCUCGUCGACGCGGAACGAAAGCGUGUCUUUCAUCCUGAAAUCAUCCGGCCAUUAUGGACAACGUUCCAAUAAAGCCAGAACUACCGAGUCGACUACGAACGUGCCACGCAUAAGUAGGAGAAAAAUUUGAAAAUUGUUUUCGAAACGAGUACGUUAAAGUUACACACAGUCGAUCACAGGGAAAAUAGAAGAAGGAAACCCGUAGAGAAAAGGAAGAGAAAGAAAUUUGCUUAAUCGUUACAGACGAAAGAACGAUCGAAUGCAUUAAGCGACUGAUAGACGAAGAGAUAGAAGGUUAAAGAUCGAAGCAAGAUGAUAUAGAACACUCUGAAUUUAAAUUAGAUCGAAAGCGUGCUUCUCAGUUGGAGAUAAUUUUCGAUUGGGGUUGAUCGACCAGACGACAAAGGUCUGUCGAAGCGUCGUCGAACUUUCGAACUCUGAUCGAUAAUAAGAGGGUUGCGAGGAAGGACAGAAAUGUAUGGCAGACAGGGAAAUCGGUAAACUGAAUUAGCGGACAAAGGGGACAGAUUAAAUUGAGUUUUGUUGGAAACAUGUUAAACAUCCGAGCAAACGGUCGUAUCGAGCGUCUUAAGAAAAAUAUAAAUAUCCGGCGAAAAAUCAAAGUUACAAGUUAGAUGAAAUAGAAUCGAAACGUUCGAAAGCUGUUGAAAUUCGUGUGUAAAGGGAACGUGGCAUCGCGUCAUUAAACUAUCAGUUCGUAUCGGAGUUCGGACCCGGCAGCCAUUCCGACUUUACGAAGUUGAAUGACAAAGGGGCAAAUGUGUCGAAUCCAGGCGGUGUACGUGUAUAUAUAAUUGUGUAUAUACGUAUAUAUAAUAUAAGUAGAUAGAUAUAGAUAAUUGAUCUCUCUAGAAAUCAAUUGUAAUUAUGCAAUUCGUUGCUCGUGCACGUUUCUAUAAUCGUUCGGGAGAAACUUUUAAAACGCGACCCGGCAGGAAUUUUUAUCACUAACGAAACCGGGACUAUUUAGAUCACAUUACAAAGUUUACGUAUCAUCGCGAUGCGAUGUUAUUCAUUGAAAUCCAAAAAGAAUAAGAAGCAUUCAAUGGCAAAUAUGAAUAUACAAAGAAUUUUGUACAUAAUUCAUUGACAAUUCGCUAAACUAUAAAAACGAAAUCUGAAAUUAAGAAACGAGUAAUCAAUCGUUUUCUUUCGUGUCUCUUUUUUAAUAUUAUUACUAUUACUAUUAUUUACAUUCGUCCGUCGUAUGGACGAAAUUUUAUGUUUAAUUGCCUGCGUUAACAGGUAUUUCCUAAUCAUGAAUGACAAACACCAAUUAUCAAACGCGUGAUAAGACGUGCAAGAGGUAGAGGAAACUCUCGCUAAUGGCUGCCGGAAAGGAACUCUUCCUUCGUGUCGACGAGGUACACGCGACUUCCGGUGACAAACGCCACGCUCGUUAAUCGGCGAAGAAAAAUACGCGAGACCCUCUUUAGGUAGCUAGACAAGAUUUUAGAGGAGAGAAAACGACGAGAGCGACGAAGCAGUUACGCGUGACCGGUAGGGUUUCUAUGCCAAAUAUGUGUGUGUCUAUGUUGCGCGUGUGUGUGCGUAGAUUCGCGAAACGAACCGCAUCUGUAAAGAGUAGAAUAGUAAAUGUGGCUGAAGGGAGAGAGAGAGAAAAUCCCUUGAAUAACUUCUGACAAAAGCAAGAUUCUGGCAAACAGAAUCUAGUCAAAUCAGUCUCUACCGGUUCCUAAUCGAGAUUAUGACAAUGUAACGCAGCUUUUCUCCUAAUACUCACGGCCUUGUCGACGGCUCCAAUGGAAAAUGGAACGUGACAGCCUUCUUUUUUUUUUUUUCUUUUUAUAGUUAAUGAAAAUUACCUUUUAAGGAUGGUAAUCUUUGUUUGAAUUUUGUGAUGUUUGAAGCUCGUCGAUCGAGGUUUCUACGCUCUCUUAUUUUUUCUUUUAACUACUUUUUGGUGGAGGAAUUGGAAUAGAAAUUAAUUUAUGGUGUUAGUAAAACUUGGUCUCUAAUUCGAAUCUCUCCGAUUUGGAAUACUCUGAAUACGUGAAAUUGUCACUUGAUUCAUACAAAACGUGAAACUCUUUUGUACGAUGUUAAUCGACGAAACGAUUCCUAUUCCUCGAUGAACUAAGUGUUCGCGUACGAAUAGCAAUUUUCGUCCAGCAUUACGAUAUUCGUUUGCAAAAGAUAGACACAUUGUAACGGAGCUCGAGUGAUCGAGGGCGCUGAAAUUGAUAGACUGAUCCUUUGAAUUCUUAUGCGAUCUUUUGGACAGCUUUCGCAGAGAGCUAUUAGGUUCCUUAUGUGAUAUUUCCAAUAUUAUUUCUCGACUAGAAAUUAACUACAGCUAUCGAGGAUAUGUUUUACUGUUCUACGUAGAGAACUAAACUCAUUUACAUAUAUAUAUAAACAACAUAUAUAUGUGUGUAUAUAUAUAAUAUGUACACGUAUGUAUACACGUUAUUUUUUGCAUUUUUCAUUUCAAACGACGAACGAUGAUUUCGUUCAAGUUUAAAGUUCCUCGGAUUUCUACCGCAUUCUCGAUCACAGAAUCUGAUUUCUCGAUCGGUCGGAAAAAUCGUUUUUUGCUAAACGUAAUCACAAAGGCAAACGAGAGAGAAUUAUAGAACGAAAAAGAGGGAGGGAGAGAGAGAGACUCACACACACACAGAGACACACAUAAACACAGAGUACUCCGAAGCAGAGAGUAAAAAGAAAAAAGAAACGCGAUAGGGAAAUGGUACGCACAUUGAGCCGAGUGAGUGAUAAUCCAUGUUGAACAGAAAAAAAAAAGUUCUAGUUAAGUGGAGAUUUAUCGUAAUAAAUAUAUACAUAUAUAUAAAUAAACAUAUAGGUAAGUCGUUGCGUGACUCAACGUGGAGCGUAAGUGAGGAGGAAUGCGAGUGGCCACGAGUGAAUGAACUUGAGUGUGAAAGGGAGACAUAAAAAGAAACUGAUGAGGAAGAAAGAAACGACGAAACGUGAGGAACAAAAUGGUGAAGGAAAAGAAACGCGAUGGAUAAGGAGGGUGGGGGUUGGGGCAAAGUAUGACACAAAGAGUCGUGUUAAAUAGCCAAAUAUGACAAAGAUGUUCUUUUCUUUCUCUUUUUUUUUUUUUUUGUUUUUUCUUCUACUUCUUCUAUUGUAUUUUGUUCUUUUUUUUCUACUUAGAUAAAAAACGCGACAGCAGUAGUUAAACUAACCGACGUGCUUAAACGCGACGUAGUUGGUUUACUGUCGUCGAGUAGAUUUUAAAGCUCUAAUCUAUCGUUAGGAUAAUUGUCUAGGCUAGGAAGAGAGGCAAAACGGCCGGUAAUUGUUUCUCGAACCGAAAUUGGCCGCUAAUUAAGAAGAUACGUAUUCUCAUUCUCAUUUUUUCGUUUUUCUUUAUUUUUUAUUUUUGCGUGUGCGAACGCCAGUACAUGUAAAUAACGUAAUUAGGGAUCGACUGUGAUCGAUUUCGUCGAGCACAAAAGAAGGGAAUAAGGAGCUAAACCGAACAAUUCAGAACAUACUCAUUGAUUCUUGUAACGUUAAAUUAACGAGCGUAGAUUUUAAAGGAGAGAAACUGUAGAAACGAGGCGAAGCGAAAAAUAAGCGAUGAUAAAGGAAACACAAGAUAUAUGCUAGUGAUGCACGAGAAUGAUAAUGUUCGAAGAAGCGAGAACGAAAGGAUAGUUCUUGGGAAUUCUCUGUUUGACCGCGAGAGACAUUCCCAGCAUCGAAAAGAGACUCUUUACUCUUCGAACCUUGGUCGCUUAUUCGCGACUCGUUCCUCUCGGAACGAACACAUUUUUCAUAUACGUAAAGCUCUCGAGAUUCUGUGUGCUCGAAAAUGAUAUAUCGAUAUUAAAAAGGAAUACUACGCUCUUGAUCGUGUUCGUUCGCUGAGGAACACGCGCCAAAAGCGGAGCAACUAAGCAAGAAAGAUCUAUCCCUGUAUAUUGUACACUGUAAUUACAAUUUAUACUUACUCGUAAUCGAUACCUUUAUCGGUAGGCUAUUACAACUAGUGGCUAGCGUAAGUCAAGCUCAAAUCUAGGCGAGACCCACCGUCUUCGCGUCUUUAUUCUUCGUCACGAGUGCACAACUCCCAUCUCCCGAUAUUCCUCCUCUUGUUCCGGACUUUUAUCGUUUUCUCCAGCGUGUUCUCCGAUUGCGUACGCAGGCCUACCGUACACGAUUCCCGUUAUAUUCACGAUUCACGUCGUUGAGCUUACAUUUUUCAUUAAUUUCAUUUCACUUUCCACUGUGAUUCUUUUCUUCGGUUGCUUAUUAGCUUUGUUCGUAAAACGUCAUUGAUACAAAUAUUCCUGGGCAUCUCGCGAAAUUAAUAACGCGUCCAGGCGAUCGACGGAUCGUGCUCUAUAAAUAUAAUUCAAUUGUAAAGCCGAUUAAUUUAGAUUCGAUUUAGUUGUAGUAGUUUGUUUCUUCGACUCCGGCAUCCCUUGGGGUGUUUCGUGAAACUAAUCAUUGGAACGAGUUCAGUGCAUAGAAACGAUAGAAAGAUCCGCGAUCGAUAAUACGUUUUAGUGACAGAUACUCGAGAUGACUAUUUUAGAUUCGAACACGACUUUCUUAAAGAAAGGUUGACUGUAAAUAAUCACGUGAGCACCGAGAAAACCUACUUCUAUCGAUUCUAUGUACUGAACUCGAUCUUCCUAUAUUCGCCACAUUUUGCGAAACACCUUCAAUAUUUAUCUAUAGGAAAAUUUAUCUAUAUACAGAAUAAUGAAUCAAUCGUUGUACAAAGAGGAAUUUAAUGAAAUUAGAGGUAGCCAGAAACACGAAUAGAUUAGAAUAGUAUCUGUUUCUGAGUCUCUUAGAAGAAUCGAGCAUUUGUCUCGACGAUAGAACCACAGAUACUAGUCUUCUUCAUACUUCUAGAAACUAACUUAUAAUAUUCGCCAAACAAAAAAAAAAAAUCGUGCUUCGGCGUAGAAUCCUCUCUUCGUGAAUUGUACAAAAUAAAAAAGGAUCUGCUAAUAACUGUAAUUUUAACACGCACGAUUCGAUCGUCGAACGCUUUGGACGAAUCUAUGAAAUUCGAAUUAAAAAAUAUUAUAAGUGAAUGAGAGAGAGAGAAAGAGAGAGAGAGAGAGCGAGAGAGAGAGAGAGAGAGGAAGACAAGCCAAAUAUGCGAGGUAGAACGUCAAAAUUUCAAAUUGGAAAAAGCACAGUCGACUAAUUCGUCCCAUUUGUGCCCACGUGUCAUUUUUACGUUCUCCUUUUACGUUGAUCCGCGUACGUUCUCGAGUGCUAGCGGAUAAAUCGCAUUGUAAAAUAAUCCAAUACGAUCGAUACGCACCGUAACGUUAUACAUAUAUAAAUAUAUGAUUCUACUCUAAUUAUUAUUAAAGGCAGUACCGUAAACGGGAUUUUUAAAGUGAAUCUAGAUGACUACAUGACUUACGUAAACGACACAUCUUUACGAGCAACAUAUCCUAGCGUACUAGGCGGCGUCGUGGCCAAGUUCAGCUCGAAAUCCUCGUAGAUCCUUCGCUGACGAGAUAUUUGCGAUUCGUCUACGCGACAACGCACAUUUCCGCUCUCUUAUUCCGGAAACUCUCUGGUGUCGUCCUUCCGCAAUAUACCGGGGACACAUGAAAAACGCGUGGUGCCGAAUACACCUUGGAGGCCAGCAUCUUCGAGGAUUUCGAGCACGACUCUCAUGGCCAUCUUCUUUUUUCGAAUUAUCGCGAGGCAAAGACAGAAAAUGAACGACAAGUGAGAAAAAGAAGAUAAGAAGAAAAUUAACAAGUAAGGGAUGUUCCAUGACAUUAGGGCGUUAUUACGGUAAUAAGUCUAACUUCUUAGAGUCGUGAAUGAGUGAAUGAUAUUAUGAAGAGACGAUAUGUGUCCGUGUAUCGUGUGCUGAAUGAGCGUGAUGAUGCUUUUGGACCUCGUCGAAUCGCCGCGACGAACACAGAGAAUAGAGAACUCUCGGACGUAUUUGUUUCUAGGGACGAAAUGAGAAUAACUGGAGCGAUUAAGUUAAUUAGAGGAUAGAAUGUGGAUGGAAAUGCGCGCGAUUCGAUGAUAUACAAAAUGGAGGGACGAUAGAGAUAACGUUUCGACAAACGAGGAUACCAGUUAAAAACAGAAAACGUGGAUAAAAAAAAAAAAAAGAAGAAAAGAAAGAAUGAAAUUUAAUACAAACUAGAGAACAUCGUAAAAAGAGCUAAAUGCCACCUGUUUUUUCGCUUUUCUCGCAGUGUAAACGGAUUCGCAACGGGAGACGCGUGCGAAUCGUCAUUUGGUUUCCGGCUGCGAAUCCAACUCCGGAGGAAAUAAAAAGAAUAACGCUAAAGCGAGCGUAAAUGACUUUUUGCGCCAAGAAAAAUGCAGAAGAGUUGAGCGUUAGCAUAUUCACGCAUCCGCGGAACACACAUUUACACGCGAUGGAAAUUCGACGACGAGGAAGUAAUCUAUGAAUCUGCAGGAAAAGAAAGCAAAAAAGCAAAAAAAAAAAAUAAAUUAAUUAAAUAAAUAAGAAUUAAUUAUAACGAAACGUCAGGUACAUGAAGUAACAAAAAAAAUAUAUACAAAAAAAAAAACAUGUCGAGAGAACAAGGAUACGGUCAACUCGAAAACUUUAGUUGCAAAAUACUGAUAGGAGUACACGGGGUGUCUUACGGAACACCUUUAUCAUUGUCUGAUUUGAUGAUAUUUUGUAAGUCUGGACCAGUUGUUAGGUUCUUAUUACUCCCAUAGCGACUUCUUAUGGCGUAUUUUCUCUGUAUAUUGUCAAUGUUUAUUAUUAAAUAUUUUUCAAAUAAAA